AUGUGCUAUCCUGUGAUCAAUUAUCCUGAGGAAUCGGCCAUCUUCCGGCGCAGGCAUAAUCUGGGCGAAGUGCGCUCCGUAUCGGUGGACCGCUAUAGAUCGGAUCCAGUUGGACAUGGCACUGGGCCACCGCCAGUUACAUCGCCAUUGGUCGGCCGACAUCAUCCUGGAGAUGUUCGUUUUGGUAAAAAUCCAUCCAUUGAGCGCAUCGCCCAUAAGACGAACCCCUUUUCUCCUGCAGAGCCGCGCAUGAACCGCAGGUCCUCGGUGCCCAUUACCAUAAACUAUCAGACCGUUUACGUGUCGGGCCCCCAUCCUGCCGAGCUGUCGCGACGCGGCUCGGUGAUCAGCCUGACGGGACAGACUCCAGACGCCAGUACCAUGCCAGCUCCAGCCGAUCCCAAGCGACGUGUCCGCAUGAUAAAUCGCCAUUGA